GAUAAAAGAUUUGUCUCAAAAAAUACAUAAAGAUUUUCAAGAUUCAAUGUUAAGAAGGCCAUAUCGCCUAAGAAACAGUGUGCCAGCAGUGCAUGGUGACACAUGUCUUUAAUCCUAGCACUCUGGGAGGAAGAGGCAGGUGUAUUGGUGUGAGUUCAAGGUCAGCAUGAUCUACAAAGUGAGUCCAGGAUAGUCUCGGCUACACAGAGAAACCCUGUCUUGAAAAAACUAAAACAAAAAAUUUGCCAAAGAUCCUAACAAGUACCAAACAAGACUUGGAGAUAGUGUGAUAGUUAUUCUUAUUGUCAACUUGGCUACAUCUGGAAUUAAUCAAAAUCCCCAAAAGGGGCACACCUGUGAGGGAUUUAUUUUAUUUGAAUCCAGAUUUUUUAACUGGGAUGGUACCCCUUUAAUCCAGAUCUUUUGAGGUGGGAAGACCCACCUCUAACUGCACCACACUGUCUUCUGGAAGCCUUUAUAAUACAGGCUCUCAACCUGUGGGUCACUUCUGCUUUGGGAGUCGAACAAUCCUUUCACAGGUUUCAAAUAUUUACACUAUGAUCAUAACAGUAGCAAAAUUACAGUCAUGAAGUAGCAACAAAAAUAAUAUUACAGCUGGAGGCACAACAAGAGGACCUUUUAUAUGUAUAACGGGUCACAGUGUUAGGAAGAUUGAGAACCUCUGCUUUAUGAACAUGGAAGAAGGAAACUCUUCCCUCUUUGUCUAUUUGCUCCUGUCUUUCUAGCAAGUCAUGGACUGAACAAACUACUGGAUUCUUGGAGCUUCCAUUCAUAGGCAGCCAUUGUUGGAUGAGCUGGACCAUAGCCUGCAAGUCAUUCUUCUACAUCCCAUAUAUGUACAUAUUUGUAUAUAUGUAUAUAUAUAUAUAUGCAUGUAUAUAUGUAUGCAUAUAUGUAUGUAUAUAUAUAUAUUCAUUUUAUAUGUUCUGUUAAAGAACUCUGUUAGAGAACCCUGACUAAUAUAGAUGGCAAAAACAUACAUGGUAGGAGGCUCCACAUCAGCUAAUUUAAUAACAAAACACAACCACAAAAUCAUAAGGAGGAACGGACAAAUGCCAGGACACUGAUACCACCAGCUGCUGAGGAAGACCUGGAGCACCAAGAACCUUCAUUCACGGAUCAUGGGAAUGAAAAUGGCAUGGCCAUUGUAGAAGAUAGUCUGGCAACAAAACCAAACACACUCUUCUCUGUCACUCAUCAGUCAGUUUUCUUAGUAUUUAUUUAAGUUAGCUGAAAACUUGAGUCCACCUGAAAACUGGGACAGUGGUUUUAUUGCAACCUUUUACAUCACUUGUCGAAACGUGGCAGUAUCCACGAUCCUUCAUGAAGUGAAACUGAGAAAGCCUGAUGCAAUUAUAAAGUGGACUAUUAGUCACUUCCAAAGAUGAAAUUAAUCAGCCCAUGAAACAGCACCGAGAAAACUUAAACACAUACUCAUCACAGAAGCCAAGCUGAAAAACUCUUACUAUAUAACAUUUGGAAAAGGCCAAAGCAUGCAGACAGUAAUAAAGAUUAAUGAUUUCCAGGGAUUCAGCAAAGGGACAUAACUAAAUAGAUUUAGAAACUUUUGGGUCAGGGCAACUACUUUCUGGUACUCUCAAAUGGAUGAAUGUCAUGAUAAAUUGGGUCUAAAUAUCUAUAGUAGAGAGUAUGUAGAAAAAUCCCAAUUAAAGUGAUGGACCUAAAGAAAAUGUGUCAUUACUGAAGCUCAGUUAGUUAUAACAAAUGUAGCCAGCCUGUAAUCCCAGUGCUCAGAGAGACAGAGACAGACCGAUCUCUGUGAGUUCAUGGCCAGCCGGGCCUACAAAACAAGUCCAGGACACCAAGGCUACACAGAGAAACACUGUCUCAGGAAAAACAAAUAAAUAAACAAACAACAGAAAAGAAAUGCACCAUUCUGGAGGAAAUGACAAUGAGGAAAGUUGCGCAUAGCUGCAAAGGUUCUCUGUGUCUUUAAUAAUUUUUUUUGUUUGGAUUUAAAAUUCCUUGAAAUUCAUCUUUUCAGAAGAAAACUUAACCUGAAGAUAGGAAAAGCUAUUACAGAGUUAUAAGAGGUAAGAGAGCAUAGAAUAUUUGAUAUUCAAAAAAAAUUGGAAUCUUUGAGUUCAUUCACGAUCAUCUGACUUAUGUCAAUUGUGACAACUCAUAAACAAUUGAGAAUGAAUCAUCUUUUCAGGUCAGAAUGCAAAAGCAUUUGGGAAAAUAUGCCCAAAUUUUAUGCACGUGAAAGGUUUUAUGUUGAUUGUAUAUUUAAAUGUGAAAAAUAAAACAAUCAUUUGAAAUAUAUGACCUUGGGAAUGGAAAGAUUUAAACAGGAAAAAAGAGCUAUCCAGAAAUAGAAAAUAUUCACAGAUCAGGCUAAGUUAAAAUUAAUUACUUUUGUUUCACAAAGCCUCCAAAAUAAGGCACAGCAUGGAAAAUUAUUUGCAACAUGCUUAUGCAAAUGGUAGUUAUACUGAGAAUAUGGUUCUUCAGCAGAACAGCAAGCCACCAGGUAUGUUUCAGAUAGACAAGUCUAUAAAUAACUGAACAUCUGAAUGGUCAACUUAUGAAAGUUUGCAAAAUUUCCUUAACCACCAGGGGAAUGCUAAUAAAUGUACACUACGAUAUCCAUACUUAUUACAGUGGUUAAAACUGGAACGACAGUAUCAGAUGUUGACAAGAUUAUGGAUCAACUGGGGUUCUUAUGCAUUGCUGGGAUAGCUUUUUCACAUUGCUGAAAAUGGAACUCAGCCCACUGAGCUCACUAGGCCAGCGUUCUGCAAUUGAUCUGUGCCUCUAUCCGAAACAUUUUUAAAAAAUUGAGACAGUGACUCAUUAUACAUUCUGCACUUGCCUCGAGCUCCUGAUUCCCCCCUGUGUGUCUUCCCAGAGAUGGGACUAGAGGGGUGAACCACCAGGGGUGGCUCAGUACAUCAUCUAAUUCUGAUAUAUAUUUCACAGGGUUUGCCAACGCUAAAUGUAUUUUCACACUUUGACCUACAGCAAGCAACUCUGAUACAUGUAAUAUAUACAUAUUUUAUGCACAGGAAGUGUAAAAGGUUGUUCAUAGGAGGGAUAUUAAAAAUUCAACCUUGAGCCCUGCUCUGGUGGGGCAUACUUUUAAUCCCAGCAUUCAGGAGGCAGAGGCAGGAAGAGCUUUGUGAGUUCCAGGUCAGCCUGAUGUACACAGUGAGUUCCGGGACAGCCAAGGCUAUGAGGAGAGAUCCUGACUCAAAAUACAAAGAAAGAAAACUCAAACCUGGAAUCCCCCAAUGUUUCUUUUCUGGAGUGUAUGCAUACAAAUACUAACACAAGCACAUGGAGCAAUGAUACAAACAAUGGAGACAGCACACCAUAGAUGAGCUUACCAAAGGAAAUGGUAAUGAAGAAAAAUACUCUGGCAGAGAAAUACUCUACUGGUUCCACUUUUUAAGUUUCUCAGAAAGACAAAAUGUCCUAUGGUAAUAAAAGUCAGUGCAGUGCCUAAGCAGAGAAUAGUAACUAAUGAAUGACAUGGAGAACAUUUUUUUCAGUUAUUUCUUUAUCUAGAUUUUGCUUGUUGGACUGUGUUAAAUUGCUGAUCCUUUAUUACUCUGUACACUUAAGACUGGAGCCCUAUUUCAUAUGUGUGUUACACUUCAAUAAAAAGUAAUUUGGGAAUAUUCAAAUAUUUUGUAGAUAUCCAUAACAUUGGAUUUAUGUAUGCAACAUGUCUUUCUUUAAGAUCAAUAUGCCAUUUUAUUCAUUUAAAAAGUUACCUUUCACUGACAAUUAACUUUGCAAAUGUGUUGGAACUUCCGGUUGCAAAGAUCUUCAGGGCUGGAACUGAGAACAAAAUGUACAUUAUGUGCAACACUAGAAUAGUACACACGGUGGCGCUGCAGUCUAAGGAUUUGUAUAACAGGGGUCUCCCAGGAUGCCCAGGACGCCAUUCCUGGGAAUCAAAAGGCUGGGUGUUCCCUGAAAGGAGGGGGCAUUUACGUAAGAUCUGGGGGAAAGGACUCCUGAAAACAAUUCAGUAGGAUUUAAUUCGCGAUUAUUUCACCAAACCAUCUGUGUGGAUUAAAACCGACAAGAGUUAGAAGCAGCGUCCUCUGGAUCCCAUCUGAACAAUGGAGGCAGCACCAGCAAAAACGCCAGAGACAAGGCAAGUCGUUUUUCUCACUAUGUUGUUGCUAUGGCGGGGAUAUGGUUCUGAGGCAAUUCGAUAUUCCAUGCCAGAAGAGACUGAGAGUGGCUACUUGGUGGCUAACCUGGCAAAAGAUCUGGGGCUCAGGGCAGGGGAACUGGCCACUAGAGGGGCUCAAGUCCAUCACAGAGGAAACAAAGAGCUCUUGCAGCUGGAUGCAGAGACAGGAAAUUUGUUCUUGAAGGAAAAACCAGACCGUGAGUUGCUGUGCGGGGUGACAGAACCCUGUGUGUUGCACUUCCAGAUAAUUCUGGAAAACCCUGUGCAGUUCCUUCAAAUGGACCUGCAGCUCACAGAUAUAAACGACCAUUCUCCAGAAUUUCCUCACAAGGAAAUGCUCCUAAAAAUUCAAGAAAUUGCCCAUCCAGGCACUGUGUUUCCUCUGAAGGCAGCCAAGGACCCUGACAUAGGGAGCAAUGCUGUUCAGAACUACACAGUCAGCCCCAACCUCCAUUUCCACGUUGUUACUCACAGUCGCCCAGAUGGCAGCAAAAACCCAGAGCUGGUGCUGGACAGAGCCCUGGACAGGGAGGAGCAGCCUGAGCUCACUUUAACCCUCACUGCUCUGGAUGGGGGGACCCCUCCCAGGUCUGGGACCACCACAGUGCGCAUUGAGGUGGUGGACAUCAAUGAUAAUGCCCCCCAGUUUGUACAGUCGCUUUAUGAGGUGCAGGUCCCUGAGAACAGCCCCCUCAAUGCCUUGGUUGUCAGGGUCUCUGCCACAGACUUAGAUGCUGGGAUGAAUGGGAAAGUAGCCUACUCUCUGUUUCAAGGUGGUGAAGUAUCUCAACCAUUUGUAAUAGAUGAAACCACAGGAGAAAUCCAUCUUAAAAGGGCAUUGGAUUUUGAGACAACUCCAUAUUACAACAUGGAAAUUGUGGCCACAGACUCUGGAGGCCUUUCAGGCAAAUGCAGUGUAGCUAUACAGGUGGUGGAUGUGAAUGACAAUGCCCCUAAACUCACCAUAUCGUCGCUCACUAGCUCCAUCCCAGAAAACACUCCUGAUGCUGUAGUUGCUGUUUUCAGUGUUUCUGACCCAGAUUCUGGGGAUAAUGGAAGGAUGGUGUGUUCUAUUCCAAACGAACUUCCGUUUCUUUUGAAGCCAACUUUUGAGGAUUAUUACACUUUAGUGACAGAAGGAGCACUAGACAGAGAGAGCAGAGCUGAGUACAACAUCACCAUCACCGUCUCCGACAUGGGCUCACCCAGGCUCACAACCCAGCACACCAUAACAGUGCAGGUGUCCGACAUCAACGACAACGCCCCCGCCUUCACCCAAACCUCCUACACCCUGUCUGUCCGCGAGAACAACAGCCCCGCCCUGCACAUAGGCACCAUCAGAGCCACAGACUCAGACUCUGGCUCCAAUGCCCACAUCACCUACUCGCUGCUGCCGCCACAGGACCCGCAGCUGGCCCUUGCCUCACUUGUCUCCAUCAGUGCAGAUAAUGGGCAGCUGUUCGUGCUUAGGGCGCUAGAUUAUGAGGUCCUGCAGGCCUUUGAGUUCCGCGUGGCUGCCUCAGACCAAGGCUCUCCAGCUCUCAGCAGCCAGGCGCUGGUGCGAGUCCUGGUGCUGGAUGACAAUGACAAUGCGCCCUUCGUGCUCUACCCUCUGCAGAACGCCUCUGCGCCCUGCACUGAGCUGCUGCCCAGGGCGGCGGAGCCUGGCUACCUGGUCACCAAGGUGGUGGCUGUGGACCGCGACUCUGGCCAGAACGCCUGGCUGUCAUUCCAGCUGCUCAAGGCCACGGAGCCAGGGCUGUUCAGCGUGUGGGCGCACAAUGGCGAGGUGCGCACCACCAGGCUGCUGAGUGAGCGCGAUGCCCCCAAGCACAGGCUGCUGCUGCUGGUCAGGGACAAUGGCGAUCCUCAGUGCUCUGCCAGUGUCACUCUGCAUGUGCUGGUGGUGGAUGGCUUCUCCCAGCCCUACCUGCCUCUGCCAGAGGUGGCGCUCGACCCCCCAAAGGAAGAUGAGGUGCUCACACUCUAUCUGGUUAUUGCCUUGGCAUCUGUGUCUACACUAUUCCUCUUGUCUGUGCUGCUGUUCGUGGGGGUGAGACUGUGCAGGAGGGCCAGGGCGGCCUCUGUGGGUGGCUGCUCUGUGCCUGUAGGACACUUUUCUGACCACCUGGUGAACUUCAGCGGUGAGGGGACUCUGUCGCAGAGCUACCAGUAUGAGGUGUGUCUGAAUGGAGACUCUGGUACCUCCGAUUUCAGAUUUCUGAACCCAAGCAUUCCCUGUCGUCUGCUUCAGGAUCCCUAGCUAAAUCUUAGUGUUGGGGACGCCUAGGUUCCAGUAUGUGAAUCAGAAUUAUUUUCUUGGUUUUUGAAUUUUUCUUUUGCAUUCAUUCAACAAUCUCUCCCUGAGACAAUAUAUUCUUAUGCUUAUUUUAUUCAUAAAUUCUCAUGCUGUAUUUAUCUUUUUGGUUCUGUGUUUCCUGUUUUAUCAAUCCAAGCUUAAUGCAUCUCUUUCUUUCACUAAUUUUGGAGGGGAAUAAACAACUUUGCUGUAUUUCUUUGGUCAUUUCAAAUAGUGUUUUUAGGACUCACGUCUUCCUCUGCAUUUAUAACCAUGUUAGGAAAUCUACCCACUUCAAAUUGUAUAAUUUUGAGCUAAGCAUGUGACUUACGAAGUAGUAUUUGUUUUGUUUUUCACUUUCACUGCUCUUUAUUAACUGUUCAAAGCAGCUUUCAUUAAGACACUUUCAGAGCUGCACAUACCAUCCCUUGAUAACAUUCACCCACUUAUCGCCUUCUAUAAUCCUGAUGUUUUCUCCCCAUCAGACUCUUGAAUGCUGUAUUUUGCCUGUAUGUGUUUUUUGUAUUUUAGUGUGACUAUUUAGUGUGCCGUUUCAUUUCGUGUCCUGAAAAUGACAGUUUCAUUCUUCUUGAUAUCUGAAUAAAGCAACUCCAUCACGCAUGUAUGUGUUUUUUCCACCUAUGCUUCUGUUAUACUAGUGAAGCAGCUUUGUCUAUAGCUAAUGAAGUGUGAGCAUAAGAUAUAUUCAUCUGUCAUAUUUUUACAUGUUCUGUAUACAAAUGGCAGUGGAGAGUUUUUCUUAUUUUUACUGACUACCACGAUUAGUAUUUCAAGAAUUUAUUUGCUCAUAUACAAGCCAAAAUUGCUACUGAAAUGUACCAGAAACGACCUUUCUUGACCUAAGCCAUUGUAAGUCACUGUGUGCUUUCAUUUGAUAUAAGAAGACACCUAGUGAAGCAUGUGUUCUGAUGAUAAGUUGAUUUGUAAAUCCUGGAUAUAAAUGAGGGCACAUUAAACUUUCAACAAAAUAUUCAGGUGAAAAACUUUUAAGUGUUUUAGUCUUUUUAUUAAUUCAUACUUGCCACAAAUAGGGUGACUUAGGGGAAAUACUUUCAUUGAGUCCCAUCAGUGGGUUCCUUUUUCUCCUGUUUCUAUUGCCAUUAUAUACAAUUAUUUGGAGAUGAACUGUCAAUUCAUAGUGUUAUUCUACCUACAAUAUUGUAAUUAAGUGGUAUACAAAUAUAGGAUAUGUGAAGAAGAAACAUCAUUAUCUAAUCUAAGAAACAUUAUCUAAAUCUAAAAAUGACAUUUUGAAACAACUAAACCCCCAAAAUAUGGCCGUUUUGAGUAAUUUUUAAAAAUUUACAUGACAAAGCAUUAUUUCCUGGUUAAAUUUAUUUUAAAAUGUGUUUUCACAUUUCCAGAAAUAUUGAUCUAGUAUUUGAUUGUUACUGCCUAAAAGAAAAUAAUUACUCUUAUUGAAAAAGUUGAAUAUUUUGUAAAACUCUGAAAAGACAUAAAUUGAAGAUUGGCAUGUUCUCAAAAGUCAGUCAGUGUAGUUGUAUAGUUAUAACUGCAGGAGAACUACCUUGCAUGCCAGAAGCUCCCCAGUACCAAAAACUUCAUGUAAAACAAGCAUUGCAAGCAUGAAUUGUGAAUAAUAAAAAAAAAAAUCUUUCUGUUUGGUGCCAAUAAUAGUGUAUGAAAUUU